AUGCUGCUGCUCCGGGUCCUCCUGGUCCGGUCCUCCUGCUCCGGGUCCUCCUGGUCCGGGUCCCCCUGCUCCGGCGCGUGCAACUCCGCGCGCAGUCUGGAAGGAGUGAGCGGACAGUUUGAGGUUCUGCUGGAGAACUGUGUGCAGGGCAGGGACCCGGCCCAGCUGGUUUCUCUGCUGCGCCGUGAAGGACUCACCAACACCACCAUCACCAGGCUGGACACAUUGGUUACCAAGGACCUGUGUGCAUCUGGUUUCAGCAGAGCUGUCCUGGUUCUGAAGUCUUUAUCGGUUCUGUCAGAAAACGCCAACGACCUGCAGACGCUCAUCAGCCUGGGACUGACCGCAAAGGUGUUGUUGUGGUUUGAAGCCGUCAGUGACCUGCUGACGUCUGACCUCCAGAGAAGCUCCGCCCCCCUGCUGAGUCUGACUGAGAAGCUGUUUGACUACUUCCUGGUGAGCAGCAUGCUGGGUAAUGAAGUCUGCAACUGUCUUAGUCCCAGGCCAGGCAGUCAGCUGUCUGUGGUUCUUCGUCAGUUGGCUCGAUUCUCUUUGGAACCUGAAAUCCACUUCCCACUGAGACUGGAGGCCAUCAGAACCUUCAACAGCAUCCUGGAGUCUCUGAGCCGAGAACAGAGGAGGCUGAUCCAGAACGAGCAGAACCAGAUACUCUCUCAGGUUGCAGCAGCUGUUCUCACAGUUGGAGAUUAUGAGCUGCAGGUGAGCCUAUCAGAGGCUCUGUGUCGCCUGACGCCACGCAGGGAGCGCCAGCAGAGAGCCAAUCAGUGGUUCUCCAGCCAUGACAUCAGCAGCGCCUUCUGUAACAUCAGAGACGCAGACUUCGAGGUGGACUGCAGACGCUUCCUGAACUUUGUUAACCGUCACCAUGGAGACCAGAGACGGGUCUACACCUUCCCCUGCCUGCGAGCCUUUCUCAACUCCACACAGCUGUUUCGUCCACAAGACGACAAACUGGACGAGUUCUGGAUCGACUUUAACGUUGGGUCAGGAUGCGUGAGCUUCUUCAUUGAUGAGCCUCAGGGUUUUCUGUGGGGAUCCAUCCACCUGCUGAAGGAGGACGUGGAUCAUUACAGCCUCCAGAAUAAACGUGACGAGGCAGAGACGGUCCUCAGCGUCCAGCUGAACAAUCCCAUCAUGCACCACGGCAGCAGAGGACAGACGGUGCAGCUGAGCUUCAAGUGUGAACAUCACAGAGAGCUGCAGGAGGCGGCCGGGAGGGUCUUCAUGAAGGCGCAGCGCUCCCCCCGCCCCCCAGACGCAGGUGGUACAGUCCAGGCCUCCCCCUCUGCAGAGAAGCCCAGUGGUCGAUCCUACGGCCGCAAAAAAGCUCCGAGUAACAGUCAGCUGAGGAUUUUACCGGUGUCAUCUCCGAGCAGUGAAGAAGACUCCUCCGUAUCCACGCCGAAAACCAGAAGCAGAGCCGAGAUCCUGUUUGAUCAGAUCAGACACUCGACUCCCACAGUCCGCCCUGGUUUUCAGGUAAUCCCUGAUCUGGCUGAUGAUGCUGAGGCCCCAGAAGCCCACCUGUCUGAGCCGAUGCUACCUGUGUCUGGUGUUCCUGAGGGGGCGGAGCUACAGGUGUCACAGGAGCGCACUGAGGAGUUUGGACGAAGCCGCUCUCCUUUAGAAAAGGCGUUGAGGAAGAGAGAAGCUCCAGACUCAGGUUACCUGUCAGACCAAACUGAGGGCACACCGGUCCAGAAGAGGCGGGCGGAGCCUCAGCAGGAAGGGGAGGGGUCUAACUUAGCACUCGAAGGGGCGGAGCCAACUGUGAAGGAGCUGUUCUACAAAGGGGCGGAGCCUGUGUCUGAGCCAGGGGCGGAGCCUGUGUCUGAGCCAGGGGCGGUGCUAAAGUCUGACCUGACAUCUGACAUCAUGGCUGCCUUCAGAACCUUCAAAGCAGAGCUGGAGCAGCACUUCACAACUUUCUUCCAGUCUGAGAUGCGGCGACUCUGCGUCUUCUGUGACGAACACCUGCACAGGUUGAAGUCUCUGCAAGGUGCAGGGGAAUCAGGUAAAAGCACUAUUGUAAAGCAGAUGAGGAUUCUUCACGUCGACGGCUUCAACGCUGAAGAGAAGCAGCAGAAGAUUCAGGACAUCAGGAAGAACGUGAAGGACGCCAUCGUGACAAUCGUGUCUGCCAUGAGUACGCUGACUCCGCCCAUCCCUCUGGGUAACCCCAGCAACCAGUUCAGAGUCGACUACAUCAGGAGCAUCGCGCCGCUGUCUGACUUCGAGUACACCGAGGAGUUCUUUGAGCAUGCUCAGAAGCUGUGGGAAGACGACGGUGUGAAGGCGUGCUACGAACGCGCCAACGAAUAUCAGCUGAUCGACUGCGCCCAGUACUUCCUGGACAGGUUGGACUCAGUGAGGAGGACUGACUACACACCUACUGACCAGGACUUGUUGCGCUGCAGAGUUUUGACUUCAGGCAUUUUUGAAACCCGGUUUCAGGUGGACAAAGUCAACUUCCAUAUGUUCGAUGUAGGAGGACAGAGGGACGAACGCAGGAAGUGGAUUCAGUGCUUCAACGAUGUGACCGCCAUCAUCUUCGUCGCUGCCAGUAGCAGCUACAACAUGGUGAUCAGAGAGGACAACUCCACCAAUCGGCUGCGAGAAUCCCUGGACCUCUUCAGAUCCAUCUGGACCAACAGGUUCCUGAAGACCAUCUCAGUGAUCUUGUUCCUGAACAAACAGGACGUGCUGGCUGAGAAGAUUCUGGCUGGAAAAUCUAAACUGGAGGAUUAUUUUCCUGAAUACACCAACUACCAGGUUCCAGCUGACGCUGUUCCAGAUGCUGAUGAAGACCCCAAAGUGACCAGAGCUAAGUUCUUCAUCAGAGACGAGUUUCUGAGGAUCAGCACGGCGAGCGGCGACGGGAAGCACUACUGCUACCCUCACUUCACCUGCGCCGUCGACACCGAGAACAUCCGCCGCGUCUUCAACGACUGUCGUGACAUCAUCCAGCGCAUGCACCUGCGGCAGUACGAGCUGCUCUGA